CACAAGUUCACAGCAAAACAAAAACAAAAACAGAGCAAUCAAAACCUUCAUUCCAAUGGCAACUAAAGUCUACAUUGUUUACUAUUCGACUUACGGACACGUUGAAAGACUGGCCAAAGAGAUCAAAAAGGGAGCUGAGUCCGUCGAAGGAGUGGAGGCUAAACUAUGGCAGGUACCGGAGACACUUUCCGACGAGAUUCUUUCAAAGAUGGGUGGCCCACCAAAGAGCGAUGUUCCGAUCAUCACCCCCAACGAACUCGUCGAAGCUGACGGUAUUCUCUUCGGUUUCCCGACCAGAUUCGGAAUGAUGGCUGCUCAGUUCAAAGCUUUCAUCGAUUCUACCGGAGGCCUAUGGAGGACUCAGGCUCUCGCCGGAAAACCCGCCGGUAUAUUCUACAGCACCGGAUCUCAAGGCGGCGGUCAAGAGACUACUCCGUUGACGGCGAUCACGCAGCUGACGCACCAUGGUAUGAUAUUUGUGCCGAUAGGGUACACAUUUGGAGCGGGGAUGUUUGAGAUGGGGGAGAUCAAGGGUGGGAGCCCCUACGGUGCAGGGACUUACGCUGGGGAUGGAUCCAGACAACCAUCUGAUCUUGAGCUGGCACAAGCUUUCCACCAAGGCAAAUACAUUGCCGGCAUCACUAAGAAGCUCAAAACUUCUGCUGCUUGAUCACUCUCUAUUGUCGAUUUGUCUCCUACUACACAACAACACAUGCAUCAAUUUCAUACUACUUUCUUCUUCUUCUUUUUGUUUUUGUUUUUGUUUUUGUUUUUGAAUUUAAGUUUGUGUUCAUCGAAUAAAUUAAAUGUGGUGUUUUUUUUUAUUUAGUAUACUUAAUUGGAUGUUGGUGAUUUGUUUGGUUAUACUUUUGUUCAAGAUCAUUCUCGGAUCAAUGGAUUAUUGAAUAUUAUUUUUCUAUUUA